GCAUUAGUUGCUUAUUAACGCUGCUCGUUGAAAGUACCUAUAACCGAUGUAAUAUAAAUUAUUUAUAGCAAAAUAUUAAAAAUUAAGUAUUAUGUACAUGUUAUUAAUUUAUUUUUAAAAAUUGGUAGUUUUUAUUUCAACAUGAAUACUGUAAUAGUGAUUAUUAUUUUAAAUGUUUUUAUGGCAUUUAGUAUCGAUAGAUUAUCUGGUCAGUCAAGGAAUGGAAAUAAAGAUUGUUUUUCAAUAAAUGGAGAAAUUAACGAUUGUAUAAACAUGAAAAAUUGUUCUUCAGCUCAAAUUUUUUUAGAAAACUCCAAGUCAAUUGAUAAUUAUAUUUGUGGAUAUGAAGGAAUCAGCCCUAAAGUUUGUUGUGCAGUGAGUAAUUUAAAUAAAAGAAGUUUUUAUUUAACUAGUGAAGAAGAUUAUGAAGAUGAUUCUUCUACCAGAGAAACUUCGAGUUCUAGAAUAACAUCUACAACAGAAUCUUUGCCAAGUACAUUAUCAUCAAAAUUGCCUCUUCAAAGUGUUUGUGGUAAAACAAACGCUGUUCGUGAUAGAAUAAUUGGAGGAGAGUCUCCUAAGCUUGCUGAUUGGCCUUGGAUAGCUGCAUUAGGCUAUCGUAAUACGUAUGAACCAAAUAAUCCAAUACAAUGGAAAUGCGGUGGCACUUUAAUAGCAGAUAGUUAUGUACUUACAACUGGAUAUUGCACAUUGGGAAACAAUCAAGCAAAACUAUCAAUUGUUCGUUUGGGUGAAUUAAAUCUGGAUCCUAAAAUUCAAGAUAACGCUUCACCACAAGAUUAUAUAAUAGCUAAAAUUAUAGUACAUGAACAAUAUAACAGUCAAAAAUUUUUGAAUGAUAUUUCCUUGCUCAAAUUGAAAAACCCGGUUCGUUUUAACCACUAUAUUCAACCAAUUUGUCUGCCUUGGACACAAAAAUUACGUAUGAAAUCAUUUGUAAAAUUUGUACCUACUAUUGCCGGUUGGGGAUCACAAAGUCCAAAUGGGCCGUUAAGUACAUCAUUAAUGGAAAUUGGACUUCCUAUUUUGGAUAACCAAAAAUGCAAUGCAUCUUACGCAAAUCUUUCUGUUAAAAUUGAUUCUAGAGUUUUGUGUGCAGGCCAUACAAAAGGGGAUGCCGGAGUUUGCCAGGGUGACUCAGGAAGUCCUUUAAUGUUACCACAAAAUAAGAAUUGGUAUAUUCUCGGUAUUGCAUCAUUUGGAUAUAAAUGUAGUGAAUCUGGUUAUCCAGGAGUUUACACAAGAAUUACAUAUUUUAUUGAUUGGAUUAUUGAAAAAAUGAACAGUAGCUGAUUUGAAUUAUCAUUUUAACACAAUUUUUAAGUAUUAUACUUACAUCAUUAUAACUAUAAAUAUAUCAAAUAAAAUAAUUUAGUA